AUGAAUAGUGAUCCAGAGCAACAACCAUUACAAAAUGCUAGAAAUGGUAAUCCUAGAUCUCAGGUUCAUUAUAUUUCCAUUCCAAUAGAUAGAAAUGCAGAUUUCCCAACAGAUACACAAAAUGAUGGUACGCCUGUUGAAGCAUCAUUCAAUACUAGAAGACAAUCUAUUCUAAACCAACCAAUUGGUUCAUUUAGAGGUGUUAAUUCUCUAGGAAGAUUUGCUACAUCUUUAAGAAGAGCUAAUUCGUUUAGACACAUCGAUGUAAACUCAAGUGUAGAACGUUCUUUCUUUAAAGAUAAUCAUGAUGAAAUAUUUGAUCCUGAUACAUUGGCACCUGCUGUGAAUGGUAGAAGAUUAUCAACUGUAUUACAUCCAUCACAAAACAUUUCAAUGAGACCAUCCAUUACUAACUUAGAUGCCAGUAGGGGUACCGGAGAUAAUCCCUUCUUUGAUGAUAGUUCAAUAGAUUAUGGAUCUACUUAUUCAGGACAUACUGGUAUUGGUGCUGGUGAACAAAGUUCUCUUUUGAGGGGUUCCAUAUCUAUGGCUGAACUAGCUGAUAAUUUAAGUAGAGAUGGUUAUAAAGGUGUUAUUGCAGGUGAUGUGGAUUCAUUUGUACUGAAACAAGUUGAAGAUAAAGAUGGAAAAGUGGUCACUGUUUUAGCAGGUCAAUCAACUGCACCUCAAACUAUUUUCAAUUCAAUUAACGUUUUAAUAGGUAUCGGAUUAUUAGCAUUACCACUAGGUUUGAAACAUGCUGGUUGGGUCAUUGGGUUAUCUCUGUUGUCACUCUUUGCUAGUGCCACUUUUUGUACUGCAGAACUUCUUUCUAGAUGUUUAGAUACCGAUUUAACUUUAAUGUCGUAUGCCGAUUUAGGUUAUGCAGCCUUCGGUACUAAAGGUCGUGCUUUAAUAUCUGCAUUGUUUACAUUGGAUUUGCUUGGCUGUGGUGUGUCUUUAGUUAUUUUAUUUGCAGAUUCUUUAAAUGCAUUAUUUCCAAAUGUUUCUGUUACAUCAUUUAAAAUAUUAGCAUUCUUUGUCAUUACACCACCAGUUUUCUUACCAUUAAGCAUUUUAUCGAAUAUAUCAUUAUUAGGUAUUCUAUCAACCAUUGGUACAGUAGCUGUUAUCACUGCAUGUGGUUUGUUUAAUAAUACUGCGCCUGGAUCUUUAUUCCAUCCCAUGGAAACACAAUUAUGGCCAAAAGAUAUCAAGAGCUUUUGUUUAUCAAUAGGUUUAUUGAGUGCAUCUUGGGGUGGUCAUGCAGUCUUCCCGAAUUUAAAAUCAGAUAUGAGACAUCCAGCUAAAUUUAAAGAUUGUCUAAAGACAACUUAUGAAAUUACUGCAGUGACUGAUAUUGGUAUUGCAGUGGUUGGAUAUUUAAUGUUUGGUGAUUCUGUAAAGGAUGAAAUUACGAAGAAUGUAUUGUUAUUAGAUAAAUUUCCUAGUUAUUUACAUGGUUUAAUCUCUGGUUUAAUGACUUUAAUCCCAAUUGCUAAGACACCUCUAAAUGCAAGACCUAUUAUUUCCGUUUUAGAUACAUUAUUAAACGUGAGAGAUGCUGAAGAGAAAUAUGAAGGCAAUCGUCUGAAGAUCGCUAAGACGAUUCAGUCUACAAAUGCACUAUUUGUUAAUAUCUUAUUUGUUAUUAUUGCCAUUAUAUUUCCUCAAUUCGAUAAAAUUAUUGCUUUCUUAGGUGCAGGUUUAUGUUUUAUGAUUUGUCUUAUUUUACCAUGUGCUUUCUAUCUGAAAAUUUGUAAAGACACAAUCUCACCUACAGAAAAAAUUGCAUGUUACAUUACUAUAUUUGUGAGUAUUAUUUUCUCGACUCUAGGUAUUGGCGCGGCUAUCGUUUCUUAA